AUGAAUUUUUCAACGUUAUUUAGAUUUGUAGGUGAUGGAUUAAUGAUAGCAAGUAGAGCUAUCACACUUAAGAAGUUAAGAUCUGUUAGAAGUGUAGAUGGACUAUCAUUAAAGACGGAAACUUUAUAUUUGAUGGUUUAUUUGAGUAGAUACCUGGAUCUAUUUCAUUUUUAUCGUGACAACAUGUUAGAUAUUUAUAAUAACGUAUUUAAGAUAUGCUUUCUAUUGUAUCAGUUCUAUAUGGUUAUUAAAAUAUUAGUAAAUGAUAGGUCUUAUAACAAGAAUAAAGAUAAGUUUCCAUUUAGUGUGAUCAUUAUUUUAAGUUUAAUAGUUACUUUUAUUAUUAAUAGAGAUGUAACUGAUCAUAAGAUUAAAGAAUUUUUCUACAGAUUUAGCUUAAUCCUAGAAUCAGUAGCUUUACUUCCCCAACUUUCAAUGAUACAAGAAUGUGGAGAGUGUGAAACAAUGACUGGUUUAUAUAUUAUGAUGUUGGGCAUGUACAGGAUAAGUUAUUUAGUUUACUUUUUACUAAAUAAGUUUGUUGUUAAGAAAAAUAUUAGUAGUUUACUAAUAAUAACAAGUUUAAUUCAAUCUAUUUUACACUUUGAUUUUAUAUUCAACCAUGGCAAAUCAUUGUUGGUGAAAAAAUCAACUAUAUUUACCAAUAAGAAGUAA